GAUGGUGGCGCUGACAGUCAGAAUGAAGACUGCACAGAUAGUACGCCUGCUGGUGCGACCCGCUAUGCAAGCGAGGUUUGCUUCAACCAUUGAAUCUAACUUCUUUUUUAGACAGCUAUUCGACACAGCAUCCAGCACGUACACCUACAUCCUGGGCGACAACAGCACGCGCGAAGCUAUCCUCAUAGACCCGGUCAUCGAACACGCAGAGAGGGAUGCCACGCUACUGACGGAGCUUGGGUACAAGCUCGUGUAUGCCAUGAACACACACAUGCAUGCCGACCACGUCACUGGCACGGGGAAGCUCAAAUCACUCCUACCGGGCACCAAAAGUGUGAUCGGAGCCAAUUCGGGUGCCCAAGCAGAUGUUCAUCUCAACGACGGAGCGACGGUUAGCGUAGGAUCGAUCAAGUUGCUCGCCGUGGCCACGCCAGGUCAUACGAAUGGUUGCCUGACUUACAUAUGCCACGAUCAGGCGAUGGCCUUCACCGGCGACACGCUCCUCAUCCGCGGCUGCGGUCGAACAGACUUCCAAGAAGGCUCAUCCGAAUCCCUAUACAACUCCGUCCAUACUAAAAUCUUCACACUUCCCGAACAUUACACUCUCUACCCAGCUCAUGAUUAUAAAGGACAGACGGCAACGACCGUUGGGGAAGAGAAAAAGUACAAUCCUAGGCUUACGAAGAAUUUAAAGGAGUUUAUUAAGAUCAUGGAUAAUUUGAAUCUGCCGUAUCCUAAGAUGAUUGAUAAAGCGCUUCCUGCAAACAGAGUAUGCGGUAUAUACUGAAAAGUGUGUUAAUAUAAAAAUAUCCUAUCGAGAAUUUAGUCGUUUUAGUCAGAGAUGUAGUGCAUUAUUGUUUUCCAUCGUAUUUUCUCGGAAACAUUCGUAUUUGUCAUGCUAGAUUAGUCAACCUCAGUACUUUUUGUACCGAGACUGCCUGAUAUAGUAAGACACGUUCGUACGUUUCCGUGAAAAUAGGAUGGAAAAUAAUUAUGCACUACAUCUGUAAUAGAUACUAUACACUACUAAUAGAUCACUGUAAUUAUCAACCAUCCUUGUCAGCUAGGGAAUGUAAUAUAUGUAGUUCAAUGUAGGCCGAUUUUUAUUAAGUAGUCGAUUUUUUUUUUGUUAGAUUUCGAUAAUAUUUGGUUGGUUUGAAGAGCUCUUGAUUCUGGGCAAAGCAAAUUCGAAAUCGACGAAAAUAAAACGCCGAUAAAAUAAAAUUCGACCCAUGUAAUAAACAAAUAAGUGAGUAGUUAAGGAAAUUUAUAUUUUUAUAAACGUUACCUUAAGCCUGUGAUAAUUCUAAGAAUUGUACAUUUUUACUAACUCAGAAGUGCAAUAUUAUUUUUUUAAGUAAAAAAAUGUAAGAACAAGUGAACGUGUAUUAGUAACAUUGAAUCAAGUUAGUUAUAGCAUUGUGUAAAGGGGCCCACAGAUAACCAGUUCGCCGGACGAUAUCAGCCUGUCAGUUAAUCGCAAAAGGUGACAGUUCAGAACAACUGACAGGCUGUUAUCGCCUGGCGAACUGCUGAUCUGUGGGCCCCUUUACUAUAGAGUAGUUACCUAUUUUUUAAUACGUUGUAUUUUGAAACCUUAACUCAAAGUUACUCUAAGUGAUAGUGAAUUAGAUAUAAUAAUAAAUAGGUAACAAAGAAAUAUUAGAACUAAGAGAUUUUUACUAUGGUUUGUUGUUUAUAAUGUUUAAUAUUAUUCUUUAUGUAAAUAAAAAAUAUGCAUUA